CAGGUAUCGACCAGACUCUUUUUCCCCGUACUGACCCCACCCAUUACAGAUGCGCCCAAUUCUCACCUCCGAGGAUCUCCCCAUCCCAGAUGGCGUUACUGUCGUCAUCAAGUCCCGUAUAAUUGAGGUUAAGGGCCCUCGCGGAACCCUCAAGAAGGAUUUACACCACAUCGCCAUUGACCUCCAGGUCGUUAAGACUGAAGAGAAAUCUGUCGUCACGUUCGCUAUCUGGCAUGGGGGGCGUAAGCACAUCGCUGCCAUACGGACGGUCCGCAGCUUGAUUAACAACAUGAUUAUUGGUGUCACCAAGGGCUUCAAAUAUAAGAUGCGCGCCGUUUAUGCCCAUUUCCCCAUCAAUUGCAUAAUAGGUGAAGAAGGCAAAUCCGUCGAAAUUCGUAACUUCUUGGGUGAGAAGCGGGUUCGACAUGUCGAUAUGUUAGAAGGCGUCACUAUUGUAGAGUCGAAGGCCAUGAAGGAUGAGCUGUUCAUCGAAGGCAACGAUGUCCAGAAUGUAUCGCAGUCGGCUGCUUCUAUCCAGGGUAUUUGCCGUGUACGAAAAAAGGAUAUCCGGAAGUUCUUGGACGGUAUCUAUGUCUCGGACAAGGGGACAGUCGUCGAAGAAGAGAAGGAAGAAUAGGAUCUGCUCUUUUUGCUCUUCCCCAUGGUCGCUUUCGCUUUAUGCUCAUUGAUGUUCAAGUCAUAUGCAUUAAUAUGGUACCUACACAUUACGCGCACGUAAACUAUUUUGCCUACUCCGACCAUAUCAAGGACUGAGAUCCGUUACGUUCGAACAAACCCUGAAAUGAAGGGUAUCCCAGACCAUAUCGAGCCACUGUAUUCUUCAUACUCCUUUCCGAAAAAUU